AUGCCCCCGUAUGGGUUAGGAUUCCCGAGCCAUACAGCUCAGAGUAUGUACUAUCCGGGAGACUCCAUAAUUACUCGAGAUGAAAUAUCAGAGGUCUCGCGCGUGUUAGAGAAACACUCAAUCUUUCCUGAGAACACACGAAUCCAAAAGGUGUCCAACACCAAAGCACAGAUAUUCAAGGUCUUACGAGCAUCUGUCGAGCAUGACAUUCAGCCAUCUAUACUCGAAAUACCUAGCCUCGGUGCUACCAUAGAAAUCAAAUGCGGUGAUCACUCCGAAGAUCUGGCAAGGAUCUGCAAUUCUCUAUCUGAAGCAAAGAAAUAUGCAGCCAACAAGAAACAGGAGGACUUCUUGUCUCAGUACAUCGAGAGCUUCAGAACAGGUGACCUGGAAGCCUAUCGUAAUUCGCAGCGAACAUGGAUCACAGAUAAGAGCCCUCGCGUUGAGAACAUCUUUGGAUUUGUCGAACCUUAUAGAGAUCCGUACGGAAUUCGCGCAGAAUUCGAAGGUUUGGUAGCAAUCAUGGAUCUCGAGGAGACAUCAAAGCUAACAAUGCUUGUCGAAAGCUCUGGCAUUUUCAUCAAGAGGCUUCCUUGGGCUGGAGGUGAUGAGAACGAUGGUAAAGGGGUCUUCGAAAAAGCUCUUUUUGAGCCGCCGGACUUUUCGAGCAUUCACUCACUCGCAUAUUGCUCGAGUAUCAUCUUUCCGGGCAUCAACUUACCAAAUUACAAUGAUAUUCGCGACGAGUUAGGUUUCAAGAAUGUAAUAAUAGCAAACCGUAUGUGUGCUGAAGGAAAAAAAGCGCGUGGAAGCCCCUUCAUCGACCCUGCUGAACUUGACUCCUUCCAGAAAGCAAAUUACCCUGCCUACUACUGGUGGGUAGUUCUUCACGAGCUUUUCGGACAUGGUACCGGGAGAAUGAUGGUGGAAGAGUCGGAAGGCAAGUUCAAUUUCGACAUCCAUAAUCCACCAGUAAGUCCAUUGACUGGCAAACCUAUCACGACUUGGUACAAGUUGGGACAGACAUGGACGGGCCAAUUUGGUGAUUUGGCUACAACCGUGGAUGAGUGUAGAGCGGAGCUUGUGGGUGCUUAUCUUAUGGAUGAUGUGGAGUUACUAGAGUUGUUGGGUUAUGACGAGAAUUCUGAGAUCACGGCUGCAGAUUUGACAUAUAACAUAUACUUGCAGCUUGGAACAGAUGGACUCCGUGGACUGGCAAAUUUCAACGUUGAGCAUAAGGUAAGACAGCCACCUUCUCAAACGUAUAUGCUCCAUGAAAUGUACUAA